CCGGGCCCGGUUCCGCGAUGCGCAUGCGGAAGCCGAAGGAAUCGGUAUCCGCUCCACCGUCAUAUUCUCUCUCGUUCUCCUUUCCCGAUCGAUCCCCAUCCAUCGCCGACUCGCCGUAGACGAAACUUUCCUCUCGACUGCCUAUACCAGCUGUUUUACACAGCCAGUGCUGCAGUGGGGAGCAUCUGCCAAGCCAUGGACAAGGGGCUCUUCGCCAACGACGGCUCCUUCAUGGAGAGGUUCAAGCAGAUGCAGCAGGAGCAGGAAAAGGAGAAGGCUGCCGCAGCGGCAGCCUCAUCGGCACCGCCCAAGCCUGCGAACCCCAAACAGGGGUUCACUGUGGCGGCGAACAAGAGGCCCUUUGAGCUGAAGAAGGCCGGACCGGUCGCCACGGGUGGGAAGCUUGCCUUCAGCCUCAAGAAGGCCAAGGUUGCAAUUGCGCCUGUUUUUGCGCCCGAGGAUGACGAUGAGGAGGGUGCAGCGGAUGUGGAGAGGGAGGAGCCCGCCAAGCGUCAGAAAUCUGUGAAAGCUGAUACUCCUGCGGUGGCUGCCCCGACGGGGGCUGUUGCCCCACUACCAAAUGAUAUAACAGUGAGGCAAGUUGCUGACAAAUUAGCAAGCUUUGUUGCCAAAAAUGGGAGACAGUUUGAGAAUAUCACACGGCAGAGGAAUCCUGGAGAUACACCAUUCAAGUUUCUGUUUGAUAAGCACUGUCCAGACUACAAAUAUUAUGAGUUUCGUCUUGCUGAAGAGGAAAAGAUUCUUGCUCAAUCCAAGGAGGCUGAAGCAGCAAAAAAUGCUAACAUUGCUAGCUCCAAAGCACUGGUUGGUCUGCAUAGAAGCUCAUUUGAACAAAAGUCCAACUAUCAAACACCUGCAUCAGCGUUGUAUGGGGCAUAUGAGGGCAGUUCUUCCCAAGGAAGCUCUAGUUAUGGUGAUACGUCUGCACCCUCGGAUCCUGUAGCAUUGAUGGAAUUCUACAUGAAGAAGGCUGCACAGGAAGAAAGGAAGAGACCACCAAGGCAGUCGAAAGAUGAAAUGCCACCACCUCCUUCUCUUCAAGGUUCUCCUAAAAAGGGACACCACAUGGGUGACUUUAUUCCUCCAGAAGAACUUGAAAAGUUCAUGGCACGUUGUAAUGAUGCUGAAGCACAAAAAGCUACCAAAGAAGCUGCUGAGAAGGCUAAGAUUCAAGCAGACAAUAUUGGGCACAAACUUCUGUCUAAGAUGGGCUGGAGGGAAGGUGAGGGUCUUGGUAGCGAGAGGAGGGGCCGUGCAGAUCCUGUUAUGGCUGGAGAUGUGAAGAAGGAUCAUCUUGGUGUUGGUGCUGUCCAGCCUGGUGAAGUCACAUCUGAAGAUGACAUCUAUGAGCAAUACAAGAAGCGAAUGAUGCUAGGCUACCGUUAUAGGCCAAACCCACUGAACAAUCCAAGGAAAGCAUACUACUGAUGCAAGGGAGUUCAUCCGAGGGGAGAUGUAAGGCACCAUUUUUUGUUCACAGAACUAAUAGGUUAGGUGAUAUCACUAACAGCAUUGAAAGUUUUUGUUCAUCAACAGAAAAGCCAAGAAGUCAUUUAUUCAGGACAAACUUGGAAUGCCACAGAUCUGAGGCUUCCGGGGGUUCUACAGUAGCUUUGUUCUUUGUGUAGUGUUGAUCAGUGUAUUUUUCAAUACACAUACAUUGUUGGCGCUGAAAUCAAGAGUGUUUGGAACAGCGAUGUAUUGCUUUCUUUAUGGAUGACUAUAUUUUCCUCAUUAUUAUUGUUAUUAUUUUGGUGCUGGUAAGGAUAAGCCACAAAAUUGCUAUGCAAGGGUUCUAUCUGAAUCGAAUCAACUAUCAGUGUUAGGAAGUAUAUAUGGUCUGCUUGCUCCAAUGUAGAUGUUUCUGCAAAUUGGAAACUGAAUGAUGAUUUACCUUUUAUAUAGUAGUUAUGAGAAA